AUGCCGCUGUACAAGCCACCCAAUCCCGGUGCGCCUGUUCUUUCGCAGUUCUCGCUGAAAGGCAAGGUCGCAGCCGUUACGGGCGGCGCCAGAGGCAUUGGCCUCGAGAUCGUUCGGGGCCUCGCCGAAGCCGGGGCUGACGUAGCUCUCAUCUACGCGACCAGCAAAGAUGCCGUUGAGAUCGCCAGCCAAAUUGCCAAGGACACAGGUGUGAACAUUCGCGCUUACCAGAGCGACGUUCGGUCUCGAGCCUCAAUUGCCGCCACGGUGGAUGAGAUUGUUCAAGACUUUGGGCACCUUGAUGUCAUGGUUGCAAACUCUGGCGUCUGCGCUGAUAUCCCCAGCCUUGAGUACACUGAGGAGACAUGGAAAGACAACAAUAGUGUCAACCUUGAUGGUGUCAUGUGGACAGCGCAGGCUGCCGGGAAGGUCUUCAAGCAACAGGGGCGUGGCAACCUCAUCAUUACUGCGUCAGUCAGUGCGACACUGGUCAAUAUUCCCCAGCGACAGGCUGCCUACAACUCUUCAAAGGCAGCCGCCGUACACCUGGCAAAGAGCCUCGCGGUAGAAUGGGUAGACUUCGCAAGGGUCAACAGCGUGUCUCCGGGCUUUAUUGAGACGGAGAUGUUGUAUGUUCAACCAAAAGAACGCUUCGAUAAGUGGAUGGAGAUGAUUCCCGGCAAGCGAAUGGCUGAGACAUCUGAACUCAAAGGCGUUUAUGUUUUUCUGGCAAGCGAUGCAUGCUGCUACAUGACUGGUGCUGAUAUCAUCGUUGAUGGAGGGUAUACCCUGACAUGA